CUUGCAGAGUUUCGGGAGACCCGAGCAGCGCAGGAUUUCUUUGCCACUUGCCGGAGCCCCAAAUUGUGCUGUGAGCUGACGCUGCAGCCACUCAGACGAUUCCCCUUGGAUGCUGCCAUCAUCUUCUCUGACAUCUUGGUGGUGCCCCAGGCGCUGGGCAUGGAGGUUGUCAUGGUCCCCGGCAAGGGACCCACUUUCACAGAGCCCCUGAAAGAGGUGGAGGAUCUGCUGAAACUGCGACAGAAGGUGGACGUGACCGCAGAGCUAGGUUAUGUCUUCCAGGCCAUCACGCUGACACGACACAGCCUGGAGGGCAGGGUGCCCCUCAUCGGCUUCUCAGGGGCACCGUGGACACUCAUGUCCUACAUGAUUGAAGGUGGCGGCUCCUCUACAAUGGCCAAGGCCAAGAGCUGGCUCUACCGGCACCCCGAGGCGAGCCACCAGCUGCUGCGGCUGCUGGCCGAUGUCAUCACUGACUACCUGGUGGGGCAGGUGGCUGCUGGAGCGCAGGCGCUCCAGCUGUUUGAGUCCCAUGCAGGGCACCUGGGCCCAGAGCAAUUUCAGGACUUUGCCCUGCCGUACAUCCGAGACAUCGCCCAGGCUGUCAAGAGCAAGCUGAAGGAGGAGGCGCUGCCCCUGGUGCCCAUGAUCAUCUUUGCGAAGGACGCGCACUACGCGCUGCGUGACCUGGCCCAUGCUGGGUACGAGGUGGUCGGUCUCGACUGGACCAUCCGGCCCCAGGAAGCUCGUGCACAGACAGGGAAAGAUGUCACCCUGCAAGGGAACCUGGAUCCUUGUGCUCUCUACGCACCCAAGGAGAAGAUUGGCGAGCUGGUGAAGAAGAUGCUGGAGGCUUUUGGGACCCAACGCUACAUCGCCAACCUGGGCCACGGCCUCUACCCUGACAUGAACCCUGAACACGUGGGUGCCUUUGUGGAGGCCGUGCACGCUCAUUCCCGUCACAUCAACAAGCACAGCUGAGCCUGGGGCCUUGGGGAUAGAACUCUGGUUUGGGCACAGUCACCCCAAGUAGUGUGUUGUCACAGGGCUUGCUCCAGGCUGGGCUGCAGCAUUAAACCAGCACCUUUUCCGCAGCAGCCGUGUGGCUCUGGCUGGGGGGAGAGGGAACUGGAUGGCCCUGAAGGACAUGAGCCGUUCUGGCAGGCAGCUAGAGGGGCACGUGGGGACAGGAGGAGCCCCUGAGCCCCAUCCUGUUGGUCAGAAUGGGGAAACAGGGGUGCCAGCACAGUGAGGGAGCUGCCUCUCCUUGCCAGGCUGCACAGUGUCUGUGCUUGCAGGAAAGGAUGUGAGCCCAGAGCACAACAGGCAUCUCCUGGCUCUAUGGAUGCACUCAGCUCUGCUAGGGGAGGUGGGCUGCCUGAGGCUGGCAGGGUCACAGCCUGGGAGCUGGGGGUUCACAGCAUGGGCAGUGCCAAAGUCCUGCUCAGGUGGCAAUAGGCAACAUGACAUCAACCCAGGGCAGUCCCGAGGGGGUGGGAGACACAGAAGUACUCACCUGGGGGACAACCAGCACCACCAGCACCCUGCCACACUGAUUGGGAUGGCAGCAGACGCACCAUGGCCCUCAUACCACCAUCACCCUCCUCCAGCUCCGAGUCUCUUUGCAACCAUCCCAUCAGUCCUGGAGUUCUCCCCCAUGCACACCUCCUUAUCUCCCUCUGAUUCUCAGAGGCAAGCUUGCCUGGGGCUCAGCAAACCCUGCAGAAAGCAACCCAGGAACCCGGAGUUAUGACUCUCUGCCACCCCAUCCCACACUGCAGCACACUCACUGCGGUCCAGGCUGGCUACAGGAUGGAUCGAGACGUGGGUGUCAACACUGCUGUAGCUGGCACGGACAGGGUAGCGCCUUCAGCAUGGGCAGGGACCUGCUAACACCGUGCACGUCAGGGAACCGCAGCCAGGACACCUUGCCCCGGCUCCAUCCCCCCACAGGAGCUGGGUACCACAGGGAGCGGCGACACUGCCUCCUCCCCGGGGCUCUGCCCAGCAAGAGUGGUGACCCCCUGACUUCAGAGAAAGGCAGGAGAGAGACAGGGGGUAACGUUCAUCCCUUUUAUUAUUAAACAUCAGAUGAAGAGGUCGCACACACACAUACACGCACGCACGCAAAAAAAAAAAAAA